AUGCAUGACGCAGCGGCCACCAGCGUGGCGCCAGGGCACGAGGAAAUCGAUCUGACCACACUAAACGAACCUGAGGUCGAAACGGAGAGACAUGAAAGCGAGCCAGUGACAACCGACUUGCCCGAUCAGGGAUCCAGGCAUUUUAACACGCACGUGGCGGUCCUAUACGAUGCGUUCACGAACUUCAAGGAUAGAGCAUCGCGCAGAUUUAAGGAACGAGUUAUGACCUUUAUGCGCCAUGAAAAUAACACUAAUACCACCACGAAUGCAAGCAGCACGUCCAGGUCCAGAAGGGAUGUAGAGGGGGGAGAAGUCAGAAGGGCCUCGGAUGUCACUUACGAUUCACUUAUAUUCAAGAUUACCCUCAUACUCGGGUUUGUGCUCCAGUUCCCAGUAUUGUGGGUUGCGGGCAGUGUUCUGUUCAUGAUGACAAGCAACUUCAAGGCCAGCACCAUAAAGUGGGGAUGCGUCAACAUCUUUCUCUCCGUCAUAUCAAUUAUGUAUAUGGUUCAACAGUGGCAAGCGCAUUCAUCAAAGUUAUUAUACAACCCCGUCGCUGACGAAGCCAUCAUAUUCGAAUCGAACAGGGCACAGCAGCACUGGUAUUCUGCAAUAUCCGAAGAUAAUCAGCUGAUGGUGCUGAAAGAAUUCCACGCUUUAAAAGGACAGCGGUGGGUCGCACAGGCCGAUGGUCAUUCAACGAGUGGAUUCACCACCGUUGAACUGGGGGACGAUAAAUGCUUAGCCAAUCCGGACAAUGUGAAGGACGGAUACGGUAUCUAUAUCUCUAACGGAAAGGAAGUGGAGAUCGAUGGUUGGAUACAGUUCGGUGCCAUCCUCUCGAAUUCUUUUACAACGAAACGAUCAGAUCUUCUUGUGAGGUACGGAGUGGCCGGAAAAUACCCCGUCACAUUCCAACCCUACGACUCUCCCAUAUUCGAUAUUGGAUUGAAGUGCACCAAUGGGAAGGGGAAGGUUGUUUGGAUCGGCGUGAGCGCGUCGAAAGCAAACCAAAAGGGAAUAGAGUCCAACGUAUUUCGCCUGCAAGGGGCGCACUCGUGCUUACUUGCAUACACCACAACGGGGUCACGCCCUCUGGUGCAUAGCGCCUAUAUUAAAACGCUCUGA